GUUGGUCAUCGAACGCGAGCUUGUUUACGUUUGUCAGCUGACGGCCACGCAGGGACGCUGAGGUGCAGGGACAGCGGGAGACAACGUGCUGCAGGCCGAGGGAUGCCGCCAGUAGCUGAAUUUAUGAAUGCUGCCAAUAAAACACUGAGAGCCCGCACCCCCGCCCUCCACGUGGUGUUGGGCAAUGAGUCGUGUGAUCUGGACUCCGCCGUCAGCGCCAUCGUCUACGCCUUCCUCCUCCACUCCCUGCAGGUGGAUGGGCAGGAGGCGUUGGGCGUCGUCCCCGUGCUUAACGUGCCCGUCGCCGACUACCCGCUCAAGACGGAGGUGACGCACUGGCUGCAGAAACAUGGGAUCCCACAGAACUCGCUACUCUUCAGAGAUGAGGUGAACUUGACCCGGCUUCAGGAGGGCGGGGGGCUGAAGCUGACCCUCGUUGACCACCAUGUGCUGCCCCCUGGCGACGCGCACCUCCAGCCCUCCGUCGUGGCCAUCCUGGACCACCACCCCCUCGACCCCAACGCCCCGACCCUGGGUGAGGGCGGCCUGAUGGUGGUGGAGCCCGUGGGGUCGUGCUGCACCCUGGUGGCGGAGCAAGUCAUGGCCAGGAACCCCGCCCUGCUGGACCCCGUCACCGCCAGCCUCCUUUAUGGCACCAUCAUCCUGGACACCGUCAACCUGAACCCCGCCGCCAAGAGGGUGACGCCCAAGGAUGUCGAGGUGGCUACGCAGCUUGCCCGCCUAAUGCGCCCCCCGCCCACCAGCAGCCACGAGGUGUUUCAGGAGCUGACGGCGGCCAAGGCUAACGUGUCCCACCUCACCUGCGACCAGCUGCUGCGGAAGGACGUGAAGGUGGCGGUCGAGGGUGGACUCUGUGUGGGCGUAGCGUCCGUGCCCCUGCGAGUGAUGGAGGUGUUGGCGCGCAGUGAGGGCGGGCGGUAUCUGGCGGAGCACAGCGCGGCGCGGGGCUACCAGGCGCUCCUACUCCUGGGCAUCACCAUCGCGCAGGAGACGGUGACGAGGGACCUGGCCUUGUACUGCCCCGACGAGAACUUCAGAAGCCAGGUGGCCAAGGCGUUAGAGGAGGGCGAGGGCGGGGUGCUGCAGCUGACGAGGCAGGCGUGUGAGGAGGUGGAGAGCUGCGUCGCCUUCCACCAGGGCAACUCCGGAGCCUCCAGGAAGGUGGUGCUGCCCAUGCUGAAGGCGUGGUUGGCGGUGAGGGGCACCUAGGCACACACACACACACACACACUUAUCAUGGUCUUCAAGUUCUCAGUGUUGUAAAGCUUAGUGAUUUUUUUUUUUUUUUCAAUAUGAUUUGUUUCGUGUUUGUUUUGGGGUUGUUUUUCUCAGGUGAUUGUUUGCGCGCACCUGUAAUAUAUAAACGCUUGUUAUUUUUAAGUUUCAGUUUUUGUUGAUGUUUGUUGCUGCAGCUGUGUGUGUGUGUGUGUGUGUGUGUGUGUGUGUGUGUGUGUGUGUGUGUGUGUGUUACUAUUUCUCAUUUGCUGUAUUUAGUGAGAUUGUCAUUUUACUGUCAUUUUUUUUCUUUUUCAUCAUAUUCAUAUUUAUUAUAAAGUCUCUCUUACAGUAGAUAUUUUUCUCAGUUCAAUUUACAUUUAUUUUAUUGUUUCUAAGUCUUUCGUGUGUAAUUUUAUUGCGUCAUAAUUUACAGCUGCUGAGAGACAGAGGCGAGACUGGUCAGUUUUCUUUCCAUUCAUAUCCAUUUACUGUGUCUUAUUGGAAGCUGAAAAAUCGGUGGAAAAGUGAGUUAGUACUUUGUUUUAAAGGGAUUUCAUGUGUUACUAAUUUGUUUGCAGUUUGCUAUUUUUUUAUUACAUUUAAAAGCUUAUGUUUUAUUGACUUACAAGUUUCAUAUAUUUUUUUUAUUUAUUUGCUUGGCGUGUGUAAGCUGUUUAUCCUGCACAAAUAUCGUACUAUUGCACACAUAAAUCACACACACACACACACACACACACACACACACACACACACACAUCGCUCUGGUGGCUUACUGGACUCAAUGACUUUGCCCUGAUUGACUCCGGCAUGACAGGCUGAGAGGUUCGAGUCCCUCUCAGGUCGAAAGAUUUUUUUCUGUUGACAAAUGAGCGGGAGGGUACUUGCUGGGGAUCACGAGUCCUGCAAGUUAUCAGGCCGUGGUGAACUUACACACACACACACACACACACACACACACACACACACACACACACACACACACACACACACACGAGGCCUCCACCAACACCUGCCAUUGGGUGACAAAUACACCAGAUUGGGGGGAGGGGGAGGCAGCAGGCCAUUACUCCAUAUAAUAUUACAGCCAGCCCGUGACACCCGCCCUCCCGCCACACGCCCGCGGCACCAAACUGUCCCUUCCCCGCCUGACAAAUGAGGGGAGGCAGUGCCAUCCGAGGCGAGGCACGCACCAGGGUCAGGCACUAUCAUGCACCUGGCUGUCACCUGCCUAUCCCGCACACCUGUCUACCUUCCUUUCCCCUCACCUCUCCCGUGCCUCCCACCCGCCACCUUCAUAUCUCCCCUGUGUACCUUUCCUUUCCACUCAUCUCUCCCUUGCCUUUUUUAUUCCUCUCCUCUUCACGCUGUCAUGCACUCUUUUCAUUCGUCAGCUCUCCCAACUUUCCUCCACUCUUCCUCCUCCUCUCCCCCAUCUUCACCCUCCCUUCCUCCCUUUCUCCCUCACACUAAAGCCUAGCACCCUUAUCAUGUCCGCUCCCGUCACCCUCUCCCUUCCUUCUCCCCCCCUCCCUUCCUUCGCACCAAGGCCAGACACUACCAUCAUUUGGUGGUGAUGGAGAUGGUGGUGAUGAUAGUGGUGUUGACGAUGGUGAUAGUGGUGGUGAAGAUGGUGGACGUGGUGAUUGGUGUAUUACUCACUCAUCUGGUGCGUGAUUCUCCCUUCCUCUCCCUCCCUCUCCCUCCCUCCCUUACCCUUUCCUUCAUGUGUAUAAGAGGACCUGGAACUAUGAAUUUUUGUCCUCAACUCACGUUUGAUGUUUGGUUUUAUUGUUAUUCCUGUGCUUCGCCUCCUUGGUUGAUUUUGUACUUUUUGCAGAUUCUAUUUACCUGUUUUAUAUUAAUGCUGCCUAACAACCACUAGGCAUUUUUCUCGUGCAAUCAUCUUUGUAAUGGGCAGAGUGUAUUUUGUGUCCGUGCAUCGUGUACUUAAUAUUUUCAGCAAUAAAUAAAGCAUCGAGGUAAUUAUGAAUAAAAUAAAUACAUGA